GGGUUAAUUGUUGGUUUUUAAGCAAGUGACGAUGAUAAUGUAUGCAGAGGAUUCGACAUGGGUGGUCUUGAUCACUUGUCUUUCAGUGAUUUGCUAGCUCUAUCCAACACUAGACCUGUCUGUUUCUCCGGUCAGACCUCUUGGGCUAGUAGUAGUAAUGCUUCCGGUCUGAUGAUCAGAGAUGAAAUUUAUCCCAUCUGCCCAAACACGGUGGAGGAUCAAGCUCAUUGGAAUCAAGUGGAAGAAAGGAGAUUCGAUAUGAAUCAGUUGUCUUUUGGUGAUUUUCUGGCUCUAUCCAACAAUGCAUCAGUCUAUUGCUCCGGUCAAACCACUCCUUGGGAUGGUAAUGCCUUAGAACCCACAAGUGAGAGGGCUUUUGAUUCCGGUCUGAUCAGAGAUGAAAUUGAGAUGGUGCAAAAAGGUAAUGAAGCAGUGGAUAAUCUGAGCUCCGUGUGUAACAAUGUUGCAUCAGUCUAUUGCUCCGGCCAGACCCCUUGGGCCUCAGAACCUACAAGAAACACAGAGUUGAUGCAAAAAGGUAAUGAAGCAGUGGAGAUUCUGAGCUCAGUGAGUAACAAUGUUGCUGAAGAGAUCAUCAAAACUCCUGAAAAACCAAAGAGGAAGAAGCAUAGGCCAAAGGUUGUUAGAGAAGCUAAACCCAAGAGGGAGCCUAAACCGCCAACAACGAGGAAAUCUGUUGUUGCUGGUGGUCAAGAAAGCAAAACGCCAAAGAGGAAAUAUGUGCGGAAGAAGGUGGAAGUCGAUAAGGAUCAAGAAUCUACUCCGGUUGAAUCAUCAGCAGCUGUAGAAACAUUAACUCAUGCGAAGAAACUCUGUAGACGAGUCUUGGAUUUCGAACCCGAAAACGGAGAUAACCAGACCAACAACGACACAAAACACGGCGAUGAUACGGAAUCAGCUCUCAGAGCGAAGCUGUUAGGUUCUGGUAAUCAAGGUAAAAGAAAGUACAACCAAGGUAAAAAAAAGGGAACGGAACCAAAGAAGAAUGGAGGUAAUCAAGAUGGAGUUGAUCUUUCGAUGGCACAAGUUGCAAAGAGAAGACAAGGAAAAGAACCAACUUGUGGUGACAUAAAUCUAUCAGGGAUUCAGUACGAUGAGCAAUGUGACUACCAGAAGAUGCAUUGGUUGUAUUUCCAAAACUUGCAACAGGAAGGGAUUAGCUCGGAUCCCAUUUGCAGCACAUCAUUCGCUGGACAACAACACAAGGAUGUUUCUGCCUUUGACUCUAACUGCUACAGUUUCACAUCUCAGCCCAGUGCUAAUAGAGUCCUAACCAUUGAAGAAAGACGAGAAGGUAUCUUUCAAGGAAGGCAAGAGUCUGAGUUCAGUGUACUCUCGGAUAUGAUAGACACGCCGAUAAAGACGAGAACUACAAGCCAUGUUCGAUUGCGGGAUUUAUCUCCCAUUAAUAAACUUGUGGAAGUUUCUGAGCAGUUACCCUCAGGAUAUAAUAGCAAACCAAAGCAGAAGAAUAAUAAGAUUCUUGUUGAUACGCGGGUGACCGUGAGCAAAAAGAAGAGAAUCACUAAGUCUGAGAAAUCACAAACCAACAAGAAAACUCUUCUUCCAAAUCCUUGCCAGUUUCCAGCUUCAUUUUCCGGUCUUUCUCAAGAUGAACUUUGGAAACAACCUAACUUGGUUGGUUCAAUCAGUGAGCAAUUGCGUCUAUUAGACAUCAACAGGGAGAGUUCUGAAACUGCUCUCGUUCCUUACUCAAUGAAAACACAAGAAAACCAGAUUGUCCUCUUCGGCGGUGGCGCUGGAGCAAUUGUGCCUGUAACUCCUGUUAAAAAGCGGCGCCCACGACCAAAGGUUGACCUAGACGAUGAGACAGAAAAAGUGUGGAAACUGCUAUUGGAGAAUAUUAAUAGUGAGGGUAUUGACGGAUCAGACGAUCAAAAGGCGAAAUGGUGGGAGGAAGAACGUAAUGUGUUUCGAGGACGAGCAGACUCAUUUAUAGCACGGAUGCAUCUUGUACAAGGGGAUCGACGUUUUACGCCUUGGAAGGGAUCCGUUGUGGAUUCUGUUGUUGGAGUAUUUCUCACUCAAAAUGUUUCAGACCAUCUUUCGAGUUCAGCUUUCAUGUCACUGGUUUCCGAGUUCCCGGUCACUUCAGUGCCCAGCAGUAAAUUUGAAGCUGGAACAAGCUCGAUGCCUUCUAUUCAAAUAACUUACUUGGACUCAGAGGAGUCGAUGUCAAGCCCACCCAAUCACAAUCAGAGUUCUGUUAUUUUAGAAAACACACAGCUUGAUGAGGAGAAGGAUUAUGUACAUACCAGUGAAACCUCCAGAAGUAGUAGUGAGAUUUCCAGCUCAGCCCAUCAAUCAGUUGACAAAACCACGGAUUCAAAGACGUUCGUGGAAUCAGAUCGAAAAGGUUUAAGUGUAGAGGUUGAUAAGACAGGUCAGGACUGUUUUGUCCUAAACCUGUUUCCAUCUGAAGAUUCUGCACUUACAUGUCAACAUUCGAUGGUUUCUGAUGCUCCUCAAAAUACAGAGAGAGCAGGAUCAAUCUCAGAGAUCAACUUAGAAGGAGAGUAUCUUACUUCCUAUAUGAAGCUCCUACAAGGGGUACUAGAAGAUUCCAAUCAAAAGAAUCAGUAUGAAGUUGGGGUUUUAAGCAAUCCUGGAAGCUUACAAGUAUCACCAAAUAUGUCUCCCGGUGAUUGUAGCUCAGAAAUUACUGAUUUCCAUUCAUUGAAAAGGCCCACAAAAUCUUCUGAUGAUAGUUAUGAACCUUAUUGUUGCUAUCAGCAAGAUGGUGAUGUUUUGAGUUGUCAGAAACCUGAGAUGCCUGAAAGCUCUAGCAGCGUUCGUUCGAAAAAACACAAAGGCAGCUUCCAGAUUCCAGAUCUUAAUGAAAGCACGAGUUGUCUUGAUGUCAUAGAAGGCACAGAAAAUCCACCAGAUCCUUACUCAAGGCAGCUUCGAGACUCAUCGUAUAAAGAGCUCAAUCCGACAGAUGCUGCUACCUUAAAUGCAAAAGGAAAAAAGGUUUUAAAGGAGAAAAAAGAGGCGUUUGAUUGGGAUAGUUUAAGAAGAGAAGCACAAGGUAGAGAAGGAAAAAGAGAAAAAACUACAAGGACAAUGGACUCUGUGGACUGGGAGGCAAUAAGAACAGCGGAUGUUAGUGAAGUUGCCGAAACAAUCAAGAAACGUGGGAUGAACCAUAUGCUUGCGGAACGUAUACAGGGCUUCCUUAAUCGACUGGUCAACGAACACGGUAGUAUCGAUCUUGAAUGGUUGAGAGACAUUCCACCCGAUAAAGCAAAAGAAUAUCUUCUGAGUUUUAGAGGAUUGGGCCUAAAAAGUGUGGAGUGCGUGCGGCUUCUAACACUGCACCAUCUUGCGUUUCCAGUUGAUACGAAUGUUGCUCGAAUAGCCGUUAGACUAGGAUGGGUACCCCUUCAGCCACUGCCAGAGUCACUUCAGCUGCAUCUUCUAGAAAUGUAUCCUAUUCUUGAAUCUAUUCAAAAGUAUCUUUGGCCACGUCUCUGCAAACUCGACCAAAAAACAUUGUAUGAAUUACACUACCAGAUGAUUACCUUUGGAAAGGUGUUUUGCACAAAGAGCAAACCUAAUUGCAAUGCAUGUCCGAUGAGAGGAGAAUGCAGACAUUUUGCCAGUGCGUUUGCAAGUGCAAGGCUUGCUUUACCCAGUACAGAGAAAGGUAUGGGGACACCUGAUAAAAACCCUUUGCCUCUGCAUCUCCCAGAACCAUUGUAUAGAGAGCAAGGGUCUGAAGUAGUACAGCACUCAGAACCAGCAAAAAAAGUCACAUGUUGUGAACCAAUCAUUGAAGAGCCAGCAUCACCGGAGCCAGAAAGCGCACAAGUAUCAAUAGCUGAUAUAGAGGAUGCCUUUUUUGAGGAUCCGGAAGAAAUUCCUACAAUCAGGCUAAACACAGAUGCAUUUACCAGUAACUUAAAGAAAAUAAUAGAACAGAAUCAGGAACUACAAGACGGAAACAUGUCCACUGCUUUAGUUGCACUUACUGCUGAAGCUGCUUAUCUUCCAAUGCCGAAGCUCAAGAAUAUCAGUCAGUUAAGGACAGAACACCAAGUUUACGAACUUCCAGACGAGCAUCCUCUUCUAGUUCAGUUGGAGAAGAGAGAACCUGAUGAUCCAUGUUCUUACUUGCUUGCUAUUUGGACGCCAGGUGAAACGGCUGAUUCCAUUCAACCAACUGUGAGCAAGUGUAUAUCCCAAGAAAAUGGUCAGAUUUGUGAUGAGGAGACUUGUUUCUCAUGCAACAGCAUCAAGGAAGCGAGAUCUCAGACUGUGAGAGGGACAAUCUUGAUACCUUGUAGAACCGCAAUGAGGGGUAGUUUCCCACUCAACGGAACGUAUUUCCAAGUAAACGAGGUGUUUGUGGAUCAUGCGUCUAGCCUAAACCCAAUCGAUGUUCCAAGGGAAUGGUUAUGGGACUUAACAAGGAGAACUGUUUACUUUGGAACUUCUAUACCUACAAUAUUCAAAGGUUUAUCGACAGAGACAAUUCAGCAAUGCUUUUGGAGAGGAUACGUAUGUGUACGUGGAUUUGACUGUAAGACGAGAGGACCAAAACCUUUGAUAGCCAGAUUGCACUUCCCGAUAAGCAAAAUGAAGUCACGGGCUAACCCGCCUAAUCAAAAAGACAAGACGAUCUGGUAUCCUUCUCAGAUCAACAAUCCCGACAUCCUCGCGGUCGCGGAUCAACUACUUCUAUCUAUCCAAACGUCAUGGCCACUGGCAACACUAGCUGAUUUCUUUGAAAUGGAGAAUUCUCGUAGACCGUUUGAUAGAUCCAGAGAUCCAGGUCCGAUGAAGAAACCCAGGCUCAGCGAGGAAUCAAUCCGGCCUGUGAAUCCCAACGCGCGGCAGUUUUUGUCGCAGAGAACGCUUGGUACGGCUACGGCGGUGACAGUACCACCAGCGUCGUCAAGAUUUCGAGUUGGUGGCAGAGAAAUUGAGAGUAGUAUUGCAAGUGAUCCGAGCCGAGAGGCUUACCAGCCACAGCCGGUUCAUCCACAUUACGAGCUUGUGAAUCAGUACAAGUCUGCACUGGCUGAGCUCACUUUCAACUCGAAGCCAAUAAUAACGAACCUUACAAUAAUUGCUGGAGAGAAUGUUCAUGCUGCUAAAGCCGUCGUAGCCACCAUUUGCAACAACAUCCUCGAGGUACCAAGUGAUCAGAAGCUGCCAACACUGUACCUGUUAGACAGCAUUGUGAAGAACAUCGGAAGGGAUUACAUCAAGUACUUUGGUGCCAGGCUGCCUGAGGUUUUUGUUAAGGCUUACAGGCAAGUUGACCCUCCUAUGCAUUCUAACAUGCGGCAUCUUUUUGGAACCUGGAAAGGAGUCUUUCAUCCGCAAACACUUCAGCUUAUUGAGAAAGAACUUGGCUUUAAUGCUAAAAGUGAUGGUUCAGCAGCUGUUGUAUCCACAGCCAGAGCUGAGCCGCAAUCUCAGCGCCCACCACAUAGCAUCCAUGUGAAUCCCAAGUAUCUAGAAAGGCAGCGCCUUCAGCAGUCGGGACGGACAAAAGGAAUGGUUACUGAUACACCAGAGAUCGCACCCAAUUUGACUAGGGAUUCAGAUAGACUGGAGAGAGUUUCAAGCAUAGCAUCUGGAGGCUCGUGGGUAGGUCCACCUAAAGUAAAUACCAUUCGGCGACCUCAAAGAGAUUUACUUAGUGAACCCCUCUACGAGAAAGAUAUCGAGUCAAUAGCAGGGGAAUAUGAUUAUGCUUCUGAUCUACCCCAUAACUCUAGAUCGGUGAUUAAGAAAGUUGGUUCAACGAUGAUUACUGAUGACGGAUGUGAGAAACAAUGGUAUGGAGCUGUGAGCAGGGGUCCUGAUCUGAUUUCUGACCAAAGGGAUGGGUUACAUACCAAAAGCAGAACUUCCAACUAUGCUACGGCGAGACUAGCAAAUUUGGAAUCAAGUGGUCCCAGUAGAAAUAUAGGUGUGCCUUGUGAUAGUUGGAAAAACUCUGAGGAAGAAGAGUUUAUGUGGGAUAUGCACUCAAGGUUAUCCGAAACUGAUGUAGCCACUAUCAACCCAAAGAACGAGCUUCAUUCACCAGAUGAAUCAGAGAGACUGGAAUCUGAAAACCACCUCUUAAAACGACCAAGGUUUUCAGCUCUCGACCCAAGGUUUGACCCAGCGAAUUCAACAAAUUCAUAUUCCAGCGAGCAACAAGAUCCAAGUAUUUUUGGUCACUGGACGUCUUCUCCAAGAUCUUUGCAUGAUUCAGAAGUUUUUUCUUCUAUUAAUUCAACCUCUACUGCAGCUAGAAAGGGAAUUCAGCCUCAACCUAGGGUUGCCAGCUCUGGAAUUUUGCCAAGCUCAGGAUCUGGGUCAGAUAGACAGUCCCCUUUACAUGAUUCAACUUCUAAACAGAAUGUGACCAAGCAAGAUGUUAGAAGAGCUCACUCCCUCCCUCAACGUGAUCCUAGGGCUUCCCGGUUUCCGGCAAAAAAUGUUCCCAGGGAUGACUCUGUACGGAUCCCAUCUUCAAGUAGUCAGUUUAAAAACACAAAUAUGCGUGAACUACCUGAUGCAUCUCAAGUGGAAAUCUUUGACUCUAAGUUAGCAGCUGAAAAUGCUCCAGGCCUAACUAUUGCUUCAGAAGCUACAGGACAACCCAACAUGAGUGAUUUGCUGGAAGCUGUCAUGAAGAGUGGAAUCCUUUCUAAUAAUUCAACAUGUGGUGCGAUCAAGGAGGAGAUUUCUCAGGAUGAGGUUAAUCCAGGGGCACUAACCCUAUCAGCGGCCUCUAAGCCUAAGACUUUGCCAUCAGCAUUGCCAAUUUCAGUGGCUGGUGACAAUUUAUUAGCUCGUUUAAAAGUUGAACAAUCCUCCGCACCACUUGUCUCAUGUGCAGCGUCUCUUACUGGCAUCACAUCAGUACAAACGUCAAAAGAGAAUAGUAAGGCCUCCGAUCCUCUUUCAUGCCUCUUGAGCUCCUUAGUUUCAAAGGGCUUGAUAUCUGCUUCAAAGACAGAGCAGCCAUCGGCUCCUUCCAUAACGCAGGAACAUAGUCCUGAUCAUUCCACCAAUAGCUCUAUGUCUGUAUCUGUGGUUCCAUCAGAUGCUCAACCAUCUGUUCUGGUGAAGAAGGGGCCAUCCACUGCCCCUAAGGUAAAAGGAUUAGCUGCACCAUCUGAGACAUCAAAAUCUGAACCUGAGGACCUCAUAGGAUUGAAGUUUAGGGCAGACAAAAUCCGUGAACUUCACCCCUCAGUCAUUAGUAGUCUCUUUGAUGACCUUCCACAUCUCUGCACCUCCUGCGGCGUUCGCCUUAAACAAAAGGAAGAACUUGAUAGGCACAUGGAGUUGCAUGAUAAGAAUAAGGUCGAGUUAAGUGGCAAAAAUAGUAAAUGUAGGGUUUGGUUUCCAAAGGUUGAAAACUGGAUUGCAGCAAAAGCUGGAGAGUUAGAACCUGAAGAUGAGGAAGUUCUGAGUGAAUCUGAGAGUGCUCUUGAGGAUGGUCCAGCCGUAGCUGCUGAUGAGACCCAAUGCGCAUGUAUAUUAUGUGGAGAAGUUUUUGAGGAUUAUUUCAGUCAAGAAAUGGCUCAAUGGAUGUUCAAGGGAGCUUCUUACCUGACCAAUCCUCCAGCCAACAGCGAGGCCAGUGGUCCUAUCGUCCAUGCAGGUUGUCUGACCACAAGUUCAUUGCUGAGCUUGGAAGGUGGGAAUGCAAUCAAGCAGGUAACUUGUAGCUCUAGUCAUUUGCGUCCUUUGGUCAUUUUAGGGCUCUCUGAUCUCAAACUUUGUUCUUUCAUCCUGCAUGAAUCCACCUUUACGUAUUUGUUUCUUGUUUGGUUCCAUUCUGCUAGGAAAUUAUUGAGUAGCCUCCAUAUGAAGACCUAUGGUGGAGGAAUCAGUGGCAUCACAGAGGAAACAGGUUUGUGAUUCCUCUGAGUUCCUCAUGAUGCUAGUUUUGUAGAAAAGUGUCGAGCUUUGAGUUUGAGGAAAAAAGAUGUGCAGUAUUU